UCGUUUCCCUGUCUCGAUUUUGUCAUUCUCGUUGCUUCGAAAUGUCAAAUUUGAAGUUCAUUUUGACGUUGCUGCUAUUUUCCGGGGUUAGUUCGGUCGAUUUUGACCUGCGGUGCACUUCGUCCGUGUGCCAAGAGUGGCUGUCCAAGAACGAGUGCACGCCCAAGUUGGAGGCAGAGUGUGUUGCCAAUGGCCGCAUCUUUUCCAGUCCGAUCGAGUGCGGCUGCUGCGACUACUGCGUCUCGUACCUGCCCAAAAACGCCUCAUGCAACAUCGGACAGCCGGGACAGCCGACCGCGUCCUUCAUCUGCGGCGGCGGACUCACGUGCAUGAAGGACAAGGACGAGGAGCACGCCACGUGCAAGCGGAUGAACACCGAGUGCCACACCAAACAGGACGAGUACGAUGAGAAGAAGGAAAAUGGGACACUCGGACACUUAAUGCAGUGGCCUGUGUGCGACGACAGGGGCCAGUUCGCUACCGUCACGUGCAUCCCUGGUUCUGUCUGUUACUGCACAAGUCCGAAAGGUGAUCGGCUCUUCGGGGAGGUGUUGUUCAGUUCACAGGAACUGAUGACGACGAUGCGUUGCGGAUGCUCGAGGGACGCGUGGAAUGCUGCCCAGAUCGGGCUGGGCGACGGCGUCUUCUUCGCUCACUGCCUUCCGGACGGAUCUUACGACCCUCUGCAAUGCGUGGACGGCAACUGCGUGUGCAUCGACCGCGAAGGGGGCAUCGUGUCCGACGGUCGCGUGCACGUCGCCCUUCUCAACGUAAAAAGUCCCAACUGCUUCAACGCCAGUCUCGGACACACCAAGGCUAGCUGGGCCCGACCCUGCGAAAUCAAAAGGUACAACAGGCUAGUCCUCGACAAGGCCCUGCGCGACGCUGGCGUCAUGUUGUUCCCUGAGCUGCCUAAUUGCGGGCUGGACGGUCGCUAUGAACGCGUCCAGGCUGAAGAUGAAGAGCUCUUCUGCUCAGACGAGUUUGGAGAGCAAAUCGAGAACUUCCGAGUGGGCCGUUCUGAUGCCUUGGCACGCGAAAUGAACUGCCAUUGCGCCAGGACGCGGUAUUUGCUGAAGAACGCCGAGGCCGAGUCGAGCCUGUCGCCAGAUUUGCCCUGCUGUUGUCUCAACGGAAACUUCCAGCCCUGGCAGUGCGUCAGGGGGCUUUGCUAUUGCGUCAAUGAACACGGCGCGCAAAUUGACCAAGAGGUGCCUGAAGAAAAUCUGGACCAACUCACUUGCUAUGAUAAAGAUAACGCGUGCUGCUAGAAUAAUAAUUUGUGUGUGAAAUAAUGUCCUUUAAUUUAUUGGUAUCAUUGAAAAUUUCAUUUCAGCUCAUUUUGGGCACAAUUGAAGUAAAUUAUGACCCUAAUUAUAGAUUAACACAUUUUUCUACAUUGUAAAUUUUAUUGAAAAUAAAUGUUUCAAUAAAAAUUAUUAGUUUCCAUUUCAUACAAACCAUAAUCUACGCUUCUCAUGUAGUCUUUAAUUUUUGUACCCACCAGUUUAAAUUUCUGCUUCAAGCCUUUAUUAAAAUCAAUAUACAUGUCAAUAGAUAGAUAGAGUAUUUAUUGAACACAACUAGGUGUACAACGGAAAUGUCAAUGUGUCACGAAAAUGAUUAAAAAUCUUUCCACGAACAAAGGGAACACCAAUUUUUUGUCAACGUCACUUAACACUAAAAAAUUCUCUUUU